AAUCGACCCAAUAGGUGACGCUCUAAACGAAGAAAUGUGAUUUAUCUCAAAUUGCGAUUUAAAUAUUUAUUUCGCAGAAAUAAAAAAGUGAAGCGAACAACUAUUAACAAAAAAUAUACAAUAAUCUUAAAACCAUGUUUUUACCUUUGCGUAUAACUCAUGCUCUUGCCAAUUGCAAGAACACUAGAGGAUUAUAUACUUCGACCAUUCGCAUCUCAGAUCAGUUAUUUAUUCAUAGAGAUAGUGAAGUUGAUAAUCCAAGUAUACCAUUUGAAUUCAAUGAAGCAAACAAGAAACGCAUCGCAGCUCUUUUAAAAAUUUAUCCUGAAGGUCAUAAACGUGGUGCGAUGAUACCUCUGUUAGAUCUGGCUCAACGUCAACAUGGAUGGUUACCUAUUUCUGCUAUGCACAAAGUAGCGGAAAUAUUAGAUGUUCCUCACAUGCGAGUCUAUGAAGUUGCAACAUUUUAUACGAUGUUCAAUAGAAGACCAAUGGGAAAAUAUCAUGUACAAAUUUGUACCUGUACUCCAUGUUGGUUACGAGAUUCCGAUUCCAUUGUGGAAGCUGUAAUUAAAGCUACAAAUUGUAAAGUUGGAGAAAUGUCUGCAGAUAAGCUAUUUACUAUUUCUGAAGUAGAAUGUCUUGGUGCUUGUGCUAAUGCGCCAAUGUUUCAAGUUAAUGAUGAUUACUAUUAUCUCUUACAGGAAGAUUUAACACCUGAAAGUGCUACAGCUAUAAUAAAUGCAUUUAAAAAAGGUGAAAGACCGCCACCAGGACCACAAAAUUCUCCUAGAUUUGCAGCAGAUCCAUCAUCUGGUUUAACAUCAUUGACAUCACCACCACCAGGACCUGGAUUUGGUGUUAGAUCAGAUUUAUAAUUUACCGUAUAUAUAAAUAAUACAUUGUAUAAUCUGUAAGGGAUUUAGUACUGAUUGAAUGUAUAAAUAGAUUACCUAAUAUAUUAUUUAAAAAAUA